AUGACGACGAUCUUCAACAUCCCUUGCGGCUCCCACAGCGUCCGCACCAGCGUGACUUCGGAGCCAGCCGCAGCGCAGAGAUGGGUCCGCGACAUCCGCCAGUACCGCUACUACCGACAAGGGCGCCUCCUGGUGGGGCUGGGCGUCCAGUGCGUGUCCAGGCACGCCGCCACGCUCCAGCUCUGCGUGGGGUCGAACUGCCUCAUCUUCCAGCUCCACCGCACCGACCACUGCCCCGACGCCCUGCGCAGCUUCCUCGUGGACCCCAACGUCAUCCUGGUUGCGCUGUGGGACAACGCGGCCGCGGCGCUGCUGAAGGCCUCGCCGCACGCGGUCGAGGUGGGGGCGCUGGUGGACGUGCGGAUGGUGGCGCACCAGCUGAGGGGGUGCGACCGGGGAGCGACGAUGGGGCAGCUGGCGGAGGAGAUAUUGGGGAUUCCCGGGAUGAGCAAGGAUGAGGCGGUGGGAUGCAGCGACUGGGAGGUUGAGGAGCUCACAGUGGAGCAGCUGCAGUAUGCUUGCCAUGAUGUUUUUCUUCCUUUCUUGAUGGCCAUUGAGUUUCACCUUUGGGAAUGGAUAUACCAUUAUUGAUCAUUUUCUAAGUAUUUCAUGAAAUGCUUUAUAUCAUGCUCAAAAACUGUACACAACAUUUGGAUGAAGCGGUGGCGUACGGCGACUGGGAGGUUGAGUCAC